AUAAUAAAAAAAAAGAUUGAAACUUUGUGCCGCACUCUCCAAUCCAUCUCUUCUUCGAAAGCCGCCGCCAACACUCCCUUCCGACCGGCCGUAAAAGGGAGUUGUUAAUGCUGGUUUGUAGUCACUCUUCAGUGAUCUUAAUUUCAAGGAUCGAUCUUUUUCCUGCUUCUUUCUCUGUUUGAUUUCUUUACAUGGCAUCGGAGGAUGUGAAGACCGGGGAAUCAGCUGUAUCCCAAUUCGUUAAUCUUGCUGAAGAGGCUAAGCUUGCUAGAGAAGGAGUCAAAGCCCCUUCUUAUGAGGUUCUUAGCAUCUGCAAAUCUCUCAUAGCUGGAGGUGUUGCCGGCGGCGUGUCACGAACUGCUGUGGCCCCCUUAGAACGUAUGAAGAUAUUGUUACAGGUGCAAAAUCCACAUAACAUCAAGUACAAUGGUACAAUUCAAGGCCUGAAAUACAUUUGGAGAGCUGAAGGUAUAAGAGGAUUGUUCAAGGGCAAUGGCACCAAUUGUGCUCGUAUAGUACCAAACUCAGCAGUCAAGUUCUUCAGCUAUGAACAAGCUUCCAAGGGUAUAUUAUUACUAUACAGGAGGCAAACUGGAAAUGAUGAUGCUCAGUUAACUCCUCUCCUGCGUCUUGGAGCUGGAGCUUGCGCUGGAAUAAUUGCCAUGUCUGCAACCUACCCGAUGGAUAUGGUUCGUGGAAGACUGACAGUACAGACAGAAAACUCUCCUUUUCAGUAUAGAGGAAUCACCCAUGCUCUGUCAACUGUUCUUCGGGAGGAGGGCCCACGGGCGUUGUAUAAAGGCUGGCUUCCUUCAGUUAUUGGUGUUGUUCCAUAUGUGGGGCUGAACUUUGCUGUGUAUGAAUCUCUCAAGGACUGGUUGAUAAAGAAAAAACCGUUUGGGCUUGUUGAAGACUCUGAGUUGAGUGUAACAACUAGGCUUGCGUGUGGAGCUGCUGCAGGAACUGUAGGUCAAACAAUUGCUUAUCCUCUUGAUGUGAUUCGUCGUAGAAUGCAGAUGGUUGGUUGGAGUCAUGCAUCUUCUAUUGUUACGGGUGAUGGAAGGAGCAAGGCUCCACUUGAAUACACCGGCAUGGUUGAUGCUUUCAGGAAGACUGUCCGUUAUGAAGGUUUCCGAGCCUUGUACAAGGGUUUGGUCCCCAAUUCAGUCAAGGUAGUUCCAUCGAUAGCGAUUGCUUUUGUGACGUAUGAGCAAAUUAAGGUUCUCUUGGGAGUUGAGAUUAGGAUCUCAGAUUAAUUAAUCGACAGAUUUCAAAACCUUUGGAAGGUCUUUUGAGUUUUUUUUCCUUGGUAGCAGACCUGAUAGAAAGGAAACAAAGUGGUCGUUGACAUCCUCGUCUCUUCUCGAAAGAGAAGAGUCGCAGAGGUGAGAGAUGAUGGCGGUUGGAUAUUCCUGCUUUAGGUUUAGGGUUUGGCGAAUGCAAAACAUUUUCUGUGCUAUUUAUUAUAUGAAGGCUUUAUUUUACUUACCAAUAAGCGCAACAAAUUCUUUAAACACACUAGUGAUUGUUUGUUUCUUUUGGAUAAAAGAAAAGAUUUGAUUUGAUUCAAUUAUCUCUUCUUCGGUUAUUUCAUCUACUGUUGUUUUAAGAAAACUAAGAAAUUACAUAUUUAGAAGCAUCUCUAGACUGCACUGUUAUUCCAUCCACAUGU